AUGCUCCAGGGCGCUGUAGACGCUGGUGGGCCCCUCUGGGGCUGGGACGAUGAUGGAGAUGACGACUGGGAUGGGGCCGUGCUCACCUUGCUGGCACUAGCUGUGGUAGCCACCAUGGCACUGGCUCUGCAGUGGUUUGGCUCCAGGCAGGACCAGGAGGCGCAAGGCUCAGCAUCCACAGCUCCGGGUACGCGACCUGCUCAGGCCGGAGGAGUCAGGUUGGCCCUGCACCCCAAGUCCAAGGACAGUGAUGCCAGUGAGGGGCCGAGCAAAGGACAGGAGAAAUCAGAGGCUCCUGGAGAUGGCCAGAGAAGACCAGCUACAGCAAGGGCCCGGGACCUGGAGCCGUCAAGAGGCAAAAGUAUGGCCUCAGAUGCCUGGCUUUCACUCAAGACACCUGGAGAGGUGGCCGGCAGAGGGACCACCCCAGCCACCCUGGGAAAGAAAAGAAGGGAGCCACCCGGGCCAGAAACUUCCUUUCAGGGUCACCACAAAGCAAGGGAUAUUCCUGUCCCCAUCACGAUCCGCUUCACCCCUCGAAGUCCUGAUAGCAAAACAGAGAUGCAGGUAGAGGCCACUGGCACCGGUGGUAAAGGGGCUGCCCAGCAGGGCCCCGUCCAUACCGAGCAACAGGACACCAGCCCUUGGCACCUGCCUGUGGGGCCUCCUGGCCCGCCAGGGAGAAGCCUAGGCAGCUUGCGUAGGCGGCGGCGGCGGACCGGUGCCAGCCCAGGAGACAGACCCUGCCGUCCCCUAAAGCUGGACCCCCUUCGCCUGGGCACUGUGGUGAGUGUGUGGGAUGCUGUGGAUAUGGCAGCUGCGGCCAGCCAGGACAUCUUCACCAGCAGUUCCCUUGCAGGUCCCUCACCGCUCCACUCAGACAGGGGGCUCAAGGGUCCCGAGGAAACAGGCCUAGCUGAUGGUAUGGAUGGUCGACCUCGGGUGGACUCCAAGGACGUGUGUGGGAGGAGCGGCCUUCGGCUCUCUCCCACCAGCACGGCAGGCUCGGGGGCUAAGGAUGGUGAGAGCAGGGAGCCUGGGUCCCCUGCCCCUAGGGAGACUCAGGGGAUCCUGGCUGGUGAGGAAGCCUGGCCCCGGGAGGGUGGGUCAGCUGCUGUCACCAGCAACUUCAGCCCCUCCCAAGGGGCCUUGCCAGAAGAGCGGCACCCUGAGGCUUCGGAAGUGGACCGAAUCGCUGACCAGAGCAAGAUGGAGGAACCAAGAGAGGGCCACCUCAUCGGCAAAGGGAGAGGGUCCGGUCAAGGCGACCAGAGAGCUGGCAGUCCAGCUGCUGCCCAGAGGCUUGUGCUUAUCACCGAUGUGACCAAGUCCACUGGUGGCCUCAACUGCACCCCCUCCCACAACCUUCCAGCCUCUCCUCUGACCCGAGAAACUGAGCUGGUUCCAUCCUCUGCCAUGGCGGUGCAUUCCAGCCCUGGGUUUCUCCAUGCAGUCUCUCCCCUUGCUCCUUUAAACAAUUUGCCCCUGGAAGUUAGCCGGGGUCCUUUGGGUGGUGAAAAUCACAGACCAGGGCCAGCCUCCCUUCCAACCCAAACUUUAGCCUCAGCGGGAGCCUCGACUUCAGCCCCAGAAGCAACCCAAGUCCCAUCCUUAACAUCACCCCCAACCCCAACCUCAGCCCCAUCCUUAACCCCAGCCCCAGUUACAGUCUUAACCCCAAUCUCAACACCAACCCCAUCCCCAACAUCACCUCCAACUCCAGCCUCUGCCCAAGUUCCUGCAGUAGACAGUGGGCCGAGGCCUAUGUCUAGGGAGUCUAGUGUGGGCCUCUCCGAGAGCUCCCUGGAAGGACGAAUCUCAGCUAGCUGGGGAAACCUUAUUACCAUGGUUCUUAAAAGUCACCCCUUCCCUAGGCAAGAAAAGGGUGAUAGUAGUGCCCCAAGGGCAGAUCCUCAGAGUCCUGCUGGGCCCAGCACAUCCACAUACUUGGAAGAUGGACAGCCAGGUCCCCCCUCUGAAGGGGCUGUCUCCAGCCUCCAGGACAAACACAGACCACCGUCGGUCUUAGUCACACCAGUAGGUUCAGAGGGCCUAGCUGAGGGUAGAUAUGAAACACAACCAGUGAACGUGGACACUAAUGUGUCUUCCACUCCAGACCCUAGAGGAGACGGAACCAAGGAGAAAAGUCUAGACUCUCUGCCCCCAGCUGCACAGCCUGUGGCUGUCUCACAGUUCCCUGGGCUGGCACAGCCUGGUCCUGGACCAUCUACUAUGAAGCAGGAUGCUCAGCCCACCCCUCAGCCUCGGCAACGGAGGAAACGUAGCAUAGCUCAGAGCGCUGAACAGAUAGUCACUCACGAAGUACCCCAGCAGCCCCAGGGGCAGGUGCUAAAGGAGGGAGCCAGACCUGCAGGCGGCAGGGCAGUCCUCACAGAGAAGCAGAAAGAGACACAAAAGCUUAUGAUUUUUCUGCGGAAGCCUGGUAGUUGGGGAGUGGUGGAUGGGCAUCAGAAGUCCUGCUCACCGGCCUCGCAGCCUCCCACAAUGAUGGCGCUGUGGCCCCCAAAGCUAGACCUAGGCAGCUGCUUGGAGGUCUUGGCUUUUGCCCAGCAGCAUGGAGAGCUGGGUUUAGCCCAGGAGACCUACAUCUUGAUGAGCAACAACUUGCUGCAUGUUCUGGGAGACCCACACCUCUACCGACAGCUGAGCGGAGCUGACAGGGAACGCAUCCUGAACCUGCGGACCUGCCAGGGCCAGACGGUGCUGGGGGUCCUUGUUCUGCCCAGCCUUUAUCAGGUGAGCCGCUCAGGGCUCACGAGGGGCCCUCCUGGCGAGGAGGCUCCUGCAACCGGGCCUGAGCAUUCGCAUCUUCACACAUACCUCCAUGUGUUCAACCCACGAGAGAAUGUGUGGCGGCCCCUGACUCAGGUCCCAGAGGAGGUCCCGCUCCGGGGAUGUGGUCUCUGCACCAUGCAUAACUAUCUGUUUCUGGCAGGUGGCAUCAGAGGUUCUGGUGCCGAGGCUGUCUGCUCUAACAAGGUGUUCUGCUACAAUCCUCUGACCAACAUUUGGAGCCAGGUUCGGCCCAUGCAGCAAGCCCGGGCCCAGCUCAAGUUGGUGGCUCUGGACGGGAUGCUUUAUGCCAUUGGUGGUGAGUGCCUAUACAGCAUGGAGCGCUAUGACCCACGCACAGAUACCUGGACCUUGAGAGCAUCCCUCCCCGAGGGCACCUUCCCUGUGGCCCACGAGGCUGUGGUCUGCCGAGGAGAUAUCUAUGUCACCGGGGGUCAUCUCUUCUACCGCCUGCUCAGAUACAGCCCAGCCAAAGACUCAUGGGAUGAGUGCCCUUACAGCGCCAGCCACCGACGCUCCAGUGACAUGGUGGCCCUCGGGGGCUUCCUGUACCGCUUUGACUUGUUGCGGGGUGUAGGUGCUGCCGUGAUGCGCUAUAACACAGUGACAGGCUCCUGGAGCCGGGCUGCCUCCCUGCCCCUGCCUGACCCCGCCCCGCUCCACUGCACCGUACUGGGCAACACCAUUUACUGUCUCAACCACCAGGUCACCGCUACCUUCACAGUUUCGGAGGGGACUGCCCAGUUCCAGGCCAAGGAGCUGCAGCCCUUUCCCCUGGGAAGUAAGGGGGUCCUCUAUCCAUUCACUCUGACUUUGCCCCCCAAGACCUGGUUACAGACCACACUCUGA